AUGUUUCGAACAAGUCCGUACUAUACAAAUGUGAGAUAGGAGGUUUAUGCUGAAAUCAAUUAUCAAUUGUCCCAAGAAUUGGAUUAGAUGUAGUAAUAAAAAGAUCACAUCGGAAGUAAUAGUAAGAAGAGCGCGUCGAAACAGACUUUCAAUAGCAUCUGUAGAAAUAGUCAUCUUAUUUAACUCUAGUCUACAAGAGAGCAAACGAUUAGGAAUCAAUUCUAGAAGAUCAGAUUAUCAAGAAAUGUUCGAACUGUGAGAUCAAAAUAGUGUCAGAGGACAUCUACUGUUCAAACUGCACUAAGUUGAUGUGUUAGAAGUGCACAAAUGAGUGCAGUGUCUGUGGGAACAAUUGCUGUUUGAUUUGUAGCAAAUAUGCAUAUUUAUAAAAUGGUGAUUUUGUAGUGUGCUUGCAAUGUACUUAAUAAUAAUGAUGAUUAUUUAAAAU